CUCCGGCGGCUUGGGGCCAGCGGCAGUUCCCGGUGGCCCGGGCGGGCGGCGGCGGCGGUGGUACGGUGCUCGGCCCUCGCUCGCUCGCUACCUCCCGGGUGGCGGGCGGCGCGAUGUCGGGCGAGGACGGCUCGGGGGCGAGCCCGGGGGUGGCCGCGGCGGCGGCGCGUGAGCGGCGGCGGGAGCAGCUGCGACAGUGGGGGGCGCGGGCGGGCGCCGAGCCGGGCCCGAGGGAGCGGCGCGCCCGCACCGUGCGCUUCGAGCGCGCCGCCGAGUUUUUGGCGGCUUGCGCGGGCGGCGACCUGGAUGAGGCGCGCCUGAUGCUGCGAGCAGCGGAUCCUGGCCCCGGCGCCGACCCCGACCCCGCUGCCCCGCCGCCCGCCCGUGCGGUGCUCGACUCCACCAACGCCGACGGCAUCAGCGCCCUGCACCAGGCCUGCAUCGAUGAGAACCUGGAGGUGGUGCGCUUCCUGCUGGAGCAGGGGGCCACAGUGAACCAGGCGGACAAUGAGGGCUGGACGCCUCUGCACGUGGCCGCCUCCUGUGGCUACCUGGACAUUGCCAGGUACCUCCUGAGCCAUGGGGCCAACAUUGCCGCUGUCAACAGUGAUGGGGACCUGCCCCUGGACCUGGCUGAGUCGGACACCAUGGAGGGGCUGCUGAAGGCGGAGAUCGCCCGCCGAGGUGUGGAUGUAGAGGCAGCCAAACGGGCCGAGGAGGAAUUGCUGCUUCACGACACAAGGUGCUGGCUGAACGGGGGCGCCAUGCCCGAGGCCCGGCACCCCCGCACGGGGGCCUCUGCCCUGCACGUGGCUGCUGCUAAGGGCUACAUCGAAGUGAUGAGGCUGCUCCUGCAGGCUGGCUAUGACCCAGAGCUCCGGGAUGGCGAUGGCUGGACCCCCCUGCAUGCCGCGGCCCACUGGGGUGUGGAGGAUGCCUGCCGCCUGCUGGCCGAGCAUGGUGGGGGCAUGGACUCACUGACCCACGCGGGACAGCGUCCCUGUGACUUGGCCGAUGAGGAGGUGCUGAGCCUGUUGGAGGAGCUGGCCCGGAAGCAGGAGGAUCUGCGGAACCAAAAGGAAGCCUCCCAGAGCAGGAGCCAGGAGCCCCAGGUACCCUCCAGCAGCAGACACCGCAGGAGCUCGGUGUGUCGUCUGAGCAGCCGUGAGAAGAUCUCUCUUCAGGACCUGUCUAAGGAGCGCCGGCCUGGGGGUCCAGGGGGGCCCCCUAUCUGUGAUGAGGAUGAGGGAGAAGAAGGCCCCACAGAGCCACCCCCUGCAGAUUCCAGAACCCUCAACGGAGUCUCCUGCCCUUCAUCCCUGAGCCCUCAGAGCCCCAUACCCCCCGAAGAGGCCCCAUACUCCAGGCGCUUUGGCCUCCGGAAGACAGGGAGCUCUGGCACCCUGGGUCCUGUGGACAGGCGGCGGGUUGAGGGUGCCCCUGGAAUCGGGCCACAGCGCUCGGCCUCUUCCUCCCAGCUGGAAGGGACCUCCACUCAGGCCAGGGAGCCCCGUCUUGCCAGAAUCACCCCUACCCCCUUCCAGAAGGUGCCGGAGUCCUCUGCCCUGUGUGAGCUCUCCAGGCCUCCUCCCCUGGAUAACUGCACUCCUCCCUCCAGGAUGCCGGAGCCUGAAUCCCCAGCGAAGCCAAAUGUCCCUGUAGCCUCUGCAGCACCCCCAGCGGACUCUCGGGACCGCCGGAGGUCUUACCAGAUGCCUGUGCGGGAUGAGGAGUCUGAAUCCCAGCGGAAAGCACGCUCUCGCCUCAUGCGCCAGUCCCGGAGGUCCACGCAGGGUGUGACUCUGACAGACCUGAAGGAAGCAGAAAAGGCUGCAGGGGAGCUCCCAGCGCCAGAGAAGCCUUGCCUGCAGAGCCCGGACCCUUCCCGGAGGCCCCGAGUCCCUGGGGUGGAGGCCUCUGAUGGCCCUGCCCAGAGAGCAGAGGCGCCUGACGGGCAGGGUCAGGGACCACAGGCCUCCAGGGAGCACCGCAAAGUCGGCAAGGAGAGGAGGGGGCCAGCAGAGGGGGAGGAGGCGGAGCCGGCCGACCGCAGCCCAGCGUCCAGCACUCCCGAGGUUGGCCCCUCAUCCUGCAGGCUGGGGGACCCCGAACCAGAAUCAGGAGAGCCAGACGGAGGCUUCAGGAAGCUGUAUACGGAGCUGCGCAGUGAGAACGAGAGACUUCGAGAGGCUCUGACCGAGACCACGCUGCAGCUGGCGCAGCUCAAGGUGGAGCUGGAGCGCGCCACGCAGAGGCAGGAACGCUUCGCAGAGAGGCCGGCCCUUCUGGAGCUGGAGAGAUUUGAGCGCAGGGCCCUGGAGCGAAAGGCCGCCGAGCUGGAGGAGGAGCUAAAGGCCCUGUCUGACCUCCGGGCUGACAACCAGCGGCUCAAGGACGAGAAUGCAGCCCUGAUCCGUGUCAUCAGCAAGCUGUCUAAGUGACUCCGGAGGCCCUUCCCCACGUCCGUAUUUAUACAGCUGCUUCUGCCACGCGCACCCCUUCCCCUGCGUGACCACGAGUGACAGGGCUCCGCGGGGAGCCUCUGAGAAGCCAUAAUCUCCCCUUGGGACCUCCAGACUGGGAGGGGAGUACGGGGUUCCCAGGAGCCCAGGGGGACCAUCUGGGGCCAGGAGGUGGCGGGAGGCUGAGCCAGGUAGGGGGAUGUUGCUGAGGGGGGACCAGGAAGGAACGGAGGACCAGGAAGUGCCAGGACCAGAAGCCAGGACCAGAGUGGCCGCCCGGAGGUUCCCCCUCACGUGUGAUGCCACCCAGUCACCCCUCCCGCUCCUGAACAGGGAUCCGAGAAUGUGCCAAGAGCCCCGCCGGCCUGGGCCAGGGGGGCCUGUAUAUAGGGUCCGUGUGCAAUAGGGAGGGAUGUCUUCUAUUUUUUGCUGCCCCCUCCCCGCCCACUGUCCGGGGCAGGGGGAGAAGGUAUUUUCGAGACAAAGCACAGGCACCACAAAUAAAAGUCGUGACGUCGCCA